AGUACCUCUACUUCGUUGUUUGUACAAUUAUCUUAAGUAUUUUCCAUAAUAAUUUCUAUGCAAUUAUACUUAAACUCAUACAUUAGAGUUCUCUUUUUAAAAAAUUUAGUUAAGCGAAUUGUUGAUAAAACGCAGAUACACAUUUCCAGUUUAUUUUAAAAUAUGUAUUUCAGAUAUUUCAUCAUUUUGAGUGUUUUUACUGCAUUUUGGUUAUGUGAAACAAGACAAAGGAAGCAACAAUCUCUGGUGGACUCACAAUUUGCUAACUGCAGUAAGUUAGACUGCAUGUAUCAUUUCACAGGGAAUCCAUCUUGGUCUAUAGUCAAUGGCACUUGUCGUGUUUUUCCCAAUGAUUGUAUCUUAAAUAAAUUAAACUGUAUACAUCGCAGUAUGAAUAUGACAGAAUAUCCAAAUUUAACCAAAGAAGAAUGUCAAAUGAGUUGUCCCACAUCAUGUGAUAUAAAUAAACUUCUAUUGCCAGUUUGUGCCAACUUUAUUUAUAUGGCCGGGCCAAGAGCAAGCAAAAUAGAUUUAACAUUUCCUAGUCAAUGCCAUCUCGAUAAAUGGUCUUGCUGGAAUGGGAUACCUUUUAUGUUACCUAUAAAAGGGAUUUGCUCAUAAAAAAAUUAUUUUUUUUAUACUGUAAGUAAUAUUAUUAUAAUGUUGAUAAUG